UCUAACCGUUACGAAGCGGAAGAGGCUAGGCCUCGAAACUGGGCCGAGUGUUGGCCCACGCUCCUUGGGCUAAACCCUAACGCAGAGCGUCCUCUCCUCUCCAACCCGACGCCGGCCUCCGCCUCCUCCUCCGCCCUCGCCUCCUUCCUAGCCGCACACCUUGCUGGUCUGGUUUGGGUUGACCCGGAGUGAGGCGGGAUGGCGCUGAGGGGCGUUUGGCAGCUGCAGAAGCUCGUGGUGAACUUCUGCGAUUGGGGAGGGAGCAGCAAGGGGAUCAGGGCUUUUAUGGAGUCGCAUCUUCCAGCUAUCAAGGAAAAGAAUCCCCAGUUAGAGGUGGUGACACAGCUUGUCCGUGGCCAGCAUCCUAACUUGAAGGGCAUUUACAAAAACCAUAAUGAGAGAGUGGUUUGCGUCAGAAACUUGGCACCUGAGGACAUAAUGCUGCAAGCUAGUAGGCUAAGGUGUUCUCUGGGCAGGAAAGUGGUGAAGCUGAGAACCAGACACGUGACGAAGCGGCCAAGCGUCCAGGGAACAUGGACGACGGAACUGAAGAUGUGAGUCAAAGUUCCUGAUGGCACGCACUCAGCAACAACCGUCUCAGAUCUAUAGCAAGAACUCCGUGCUGCUAUUAGACCUCUGUUCCGUCAGUAGUUAUUACAGUUUCAUUCUGUCUCCUUUUGUUUGAGCCGCAGUCUGAUAAUAACAUGUGAACUUGGGGAUUUUUUUUUUGUUAGUGUCACCUGUCUAGCUGAUAUUUUGAUGGCAAAUGCCUGAUCUUUAGACCAUUGCAUUCAUUAAAGCUGUCAGCGCAGAAUUUGUUCUGAAGGAAGGAGGAAUGUUCUGCAUGUUAUGACAGGACAAGUUAUAAAUGUAAAACUGUCAUGAACUAUAUACAUUGUGCCAUGUCUUGCUGUC